AUGGACCCCUCUUUCGGACUUCCCGGCUCGCCCGGCACCAACAAAAGGCCGUUCGAAGGCGACGCGAAUGGCGCCUUCGCUGCGCCUGCGCCUGCGCCCGCACCUGGCACCUCGUCCGAGGCCAACGCGGCCCAGCCCUCCGGCGCGAGUGGUGUCGCGACCUCAGCUGCUGUCUCGACGCCGAGUGGUGAUGCCUCGAAGCGCCCCCGCUUCGACACGGGCAAUGGUUCGGACGUGAUCAUGCUCGAAGGCGGCCUCCCGACCAACGACACCCGCGACGACCCGCACGCCAUGGCCAAACUCGCGACAGCGCUCAACCCCGCUCCUCCCGCUCUCGGCAAGGAUGGUAAACCCAACCCCGAUGAUCCUCUCUCCGUCGCUAAACGACUCACGACUGCUCGUCGGUACCUCGCUGCUCAGACGCAGGCCGUGAUCAUCCCUUCCUAUUCGACCUGGUUCGACCUCUCGACGAUCCAUCCGAUCGAACGCCGUUCGUUGCCCGAGUUCUUCAACAGCAAGAACAGGUCCAAGACCCCUAGCAUCUACAAGGACUAUAGGGACUUUAUGAUUCACACCUACCGCCUUAACCCGAGCGAGUACCUCACCGUCACGGCCUGCAGGAGGAACCUCGCCGGUGAUGUGUGCGCGAUCAUGAGGGUUCAUGCGCUGUUGGAGCAAUGGGGUUUGAUCAACUACCAGGUGAGUCGAUAGAUUGCUUGAGGAUGUGGUGCAGAUAUGGUACUGACAAUGCGCGCACACAGAUUGACGCCGACACGCGACCGGCUUCAUUGGCUCCUCCGUUCACGGGCCACUUCCGAAUCCUGCUCGACACCCCCAGGGGUUUGGCACCUCUGCACCCGGGAUCCCAUCACCCCAUCCGAUCCGACACCAUCUCGACGAGUGGGGCGACGAAUGGGCGUCCCGACGUACGGCUGUCCAACGCCGAAGCGAUCCAAACGGCGUCGGAAGCCGCUGAUGCCUCUGCCGCUACGACGAAUGCCACGGACGCAUCUACAACCGGUGCUCAAGCGCCCGUACCACCGUGCCAGACGUGUGGCACCUCGGCCUCGGCGACGCACUACACCUCCCUCUCGACGCGCGGUCAGGUGGUGCUCUGCGCGCCGUGCUACACCGAAGGGCGCUUCCCCUCCUCCCUGCACUCGGGCGAUUUCAUCAAACUCGAGCGUUCGCCUUUUGCGCAUUCGUCGCGCGCGGAAUGGACCGACCAAGAGACGUUGAAGCUCUUGGAAGGGUUGGAGAUGUUCGACGACGAUUGGGACGCGGUCGCGCUUCACGUCGGUACGAGGACCAAGGAGCAGUGCAUCAUCAAAUUCAUCGGGUUACCGAUCGAAGACCCUUAUCUCGAAACGACGCAGAAGGAACUGGGCGCGCUCAAGUACGAUCGCAGGGAGUUGCCGUUGAGUAAGGAGGAUAAUCCCGUGAUGAGCGUGAUGGCUUAUUUGGUCGACAAGGUCGAUCGGGAUGUCGUCAAGAAGAUGACGGCGCAAGGGAUCCAAGAGCUCGAGCGCAAGUUGAAGGAAGAAGUGAGCACCACGAACGAAGGGGAGACUGCAUCGUCAGAUAUGCAAGUCGAAGGUGCCUCGCCGGCCGAGGAGAAGGGCAAGACCGCCCCGUCGAAUAUCGCCAAAGCCUCGGCCGUUGCCUUGUCCUCGGCAGCGGUCAAGGCCCACUCCCUCGCAAUGACCGAAGAUGCGUCCUUGCAUCAACUCGUGACCUCGGUCGUUGAAACGCAAGUGCAGAAGCUUCAGCUCAAGUUGCAACACUUUGAACAACUCGAACGCUUACUCGAGGUGGAGAAACGUGCGGUCGAAGCGGCGAAGCAACAACUAUUCGAGGAGCGAAUGGACCUCGCGAGGAAAGCCGAGGUCGUCAAAGAGGCGUACGAGAAAGUCAAGAAAGACGCCAAGGAGGUUACCGAGAUGGACGUAGAAAAAGUUGUUGAAGCGAUGGGUGGAGGGGCGAUGGAGAAGUUGGCCGAGGGGGAACCAACACAGGCCGUCGAGGACGCUGGUCCGGCACCUGGCGUUCCGGAGGAGGCUACGGCGCAAUUAUCCUAG